AUGCUUCUUGUGAAUGCAAUGAAUAAGGCAAUUGCCAAACCAGUCAACUUAUCGAUUCAUUCAACUUAUCUGACAUUACAGGCUCAGGUGUAUCCAGAAAAUGUUGGCUUACCUUUUGGGGGUGAAGGCGAUCCCACCUUCCUUUAUGUUGAAACUCACUAUGACAACCCAGGUCUAAGAAAUGAUUAUGUUGAUUCAUCUGGCGUUCGUUUUACCUUUAUUCCACGCCGCCGCCAGUAUGACGCAGGAGUUUUGGAAAUAGGCGCACUUACCUAUAAGAAUUAUGUCAUUCCGCCAUACUAUGACGAGUUCUAUACUUGGGGACAGUGCUCCGGUUGCUUACAAAGCGCUUUAGAAAACGUGCCACAAGGUAUAAAAGUGUUUAGUACCUUCCUCCACACACAUUUGGCGGGAACUGCCAUUUACAUGCGUCACUUCCGGAACGGAACAGAACUUCCGUACAUUGCAUACGACGAAAACUACGAUUUCAACUUUCAGGAGUACAGAUAUUUUACUGAACCCGUAACCGUCCUGUCGAGCGAUGACUUGGUAGCCUACUGUAGAUUCAAGAGCAGCGACAGAACCACUGUCACAUGGGUAAGGUCCACAAAAACUGCAACAAUAGAUUGGCAAUAGAAAAAAAAACAGAAAUGCAUUCUGAUAAUAAUUUAGCACAAUUUGCAAGGGUCAUUAAAAUACACCCACCCUUUUGUUGGACAUUAUAAUAUAGACAAAGAAAAAACCUUCGGAUGAUCAUAGGUUUGUUAUAUUAAAGUAUGGGCCUCUGCCUGUAUAGAAUCACUGCAAUAUAAGCGGAGACCCUUCCGAUUCAAAGACUAUUCUAAGCCUCAUGUACCUGUGAAAAAAGUCGCAAUUGAAUUUAAUUCCGUAAUGUUUCACUGACGAAAAACAGCCAUUCGACCAGGAAAAGUCCUUUCUGAAUUUAUUAAAUUUGAUGUAAGCUCUGUGAUAUUUCUCUUUUUGGAUCAACUUAGGGGGUAAA